GACCUAUAUAGCUUCCUGAGCAUACAGUCAGCUAAUCACAUUUGCUUCUUCAGCGCAACACAUCAUGUCUUCGUUCGAGAACAAGGUCGUUAUCAUCACCGGCUGCAGUAGCGGCAUUGGCCUUGCAACCACACAGAUUCUCCUGGCGCGGAAAGCCAAGGUUUUCGGCAUCGACAUCUCUCCGUUCAAGCAAGAGGUCGACAGCGCAACAUUUACCUUCCAUCAAGUUGAUCUCACAAAGCGCAAUGCCGCCGACGAAGCUGUAGCUGCCUGUGUGCAGAAGUAUGGCCCAAAGAUCGAUGUUCUAGCAAACGUUGCAGGCGUCAUGGAUGCCUUCGGCAGUGCAGACACAGUAAAAGAGUCGGAGUGGGAGCGCGUGCUGAGCAUCAACCUGACGGUUCCUGUGCGGUUGAUGGCUGCUGUUCUGCCGAGUAUGAAGGAGCACAAGGGGGGUGCUAUCGUGAACGUUGCGAGUAAAGCGGCUUUGUCAGGAGCCGUUGCUGGUGUUGCGUACACUGCUAGUAAGCAUGGUCUUGUGGGAGCGACGAAGAACGUUGCAUGGAGAUUCCACAACGAGGGUAUCCGCUGUAAUGCGGUGCUGCCAGGCGGUGUAGCAACGAACAUUCAGACCUCAAUCCAAAGAGAGAACUGGGACAUGCCAGCCUACAUGGCUUCAUCUGAUGUCAUUGGGUUGCACACUCCUCGCGACGCUCAAGGCGUACCGCAAGUAGACAUUAGUCCGGAAGACGUUGCCAACGCAAUCGUGUUCCUUGCGUCGGACGAAGCGAAGAAGGUGAACGGUGUGCUUAUGCCAGUUGACAAUGCCUGGUCUGCAAUCUAGAUACAAGAGUGGAAGCAUGUCAAAGGAUGUGAACGAAAUACACUGAUUGUCGAUCUUGUACGAUCAUAGUACAUCUUGGUCAUUCUUCUUGGCGGGCAGCGGAGGAGGAUCAUGAAAGCGUAUCGGCACUUGCCUUUCGCGAUUGACCG